UUGCUUCCUUAAUAAUGAUAGAAUGCAACAGCCAUUUUAAGUCCUUUUAAUCUUUUCAGCCACAGUAUUUUUCACUUUUUAGUAAUAUUGAGUAUUAUUUUUUCACUUCAGAUGAUGGAAAAUUGCGUUUGAUCUUGGACUGGCAGCAUUUGGGAUUGCCCACAGAACUGAUCCACUACUUUCCUCCAAAUUUUUCUGGUGCAAUGUUACCCUUACAAGUGCAUUUCUUGCUGAUUCCAUCCCUCAUGAGCAUCAUGGGAGCAGCACAGUACAUGAUGCAGGAUGCAGCCCUGCUGAGCUACAUUGACCAGCGUUUUCUGUCUCUGGAGAAGAGGCUGGAGAAGUGCAGCCAAGAUGUGCUGGAAUACGUGGAUGAGUUCCAGGAGUUCUCCAAGGCAGUGCUGUCCCGCCUAGCAAGGCUGAGCUCCGACAAAACUGAGCUUAAGGGGCAAGUGGAGAAUUUGCUAACGAGGGUCGAGCACGCCCAGAGGGACAUCGACUAUUUUGGAUCCGUCAUGGACUCCAACGCCUGCGUGGAAGUGCACGAGGACCUGCUGAAACAGCAGCUGCUGGAAGAGGCAGAAGAAAAAAAGAGACUUAAACUCAUGCUUAAUGCAAGUUGUGACCACAUGCUUGCAGGUAUUAGGUCCCUGAAGGUAGUUAAGAAGACUGGAGGGAAGCAUGGCUCUUGGAUGAAAGAUCCUGGCAAAAAGCACGGGAAGAUUUAUUUAUUAAGUGGCUCUGUAAAUAAUGUGAUUUUGGAAUUUGCCAAUAUCAUGGCUUUCAUGGAAAACAAUCAGACUCUGAAAGCUCGCAGGGUCCCCUUGCCACUGCCCUGGGAAGGAACUGGCCACGUCAUCUAUCAGGGCUUCCUCUUCUACCACAGACACGGCUCCUUGAACGAGAUCGUGAAAUUCAACAUCCAGAGAAGAAGCGUAGCUGACCAGAUGCUGCUGCCAGGGGCUGGGAGGAUUCCUGCCUACCAGCUCUCCCCACAGACAAAAAUAGACCUGGCUCUCGACGAGCAGGGGCUGUGGGCCCUCCAUGCAGAGCCAGAGACCGGGGGGAACAUCGUCCUCACCAAAAUCAACCCCGCAGCCAUGGCCGUGGAGCACAGCUGGGACACGCCCUGCAGCAGCCGGGAUGCUGAGGCAGCUUUCAUGGCCUGCAACACCCUCCACGUGGUCUACAACUCUCCUUCUGGGGGCUCCUCCCGCAUCCAGUGUGUCUAUGAUGUUUUGGGUGCUCUGAAUGCUCACACAAACCCAGGACUGCAUUUCCCAAAACGCCAGGGUGGCCACUCCACCGUACACUACAAUCCUAAAGAAAAGCAGCUCUUCGCUUGGGGUGAUGGAUCCCAGAUCAUUUACAAACUCCACACAGAGCAGAAAGUUUAAAACCUUUAGCAGCUUUUUCAAGCAGACAUAAAAGCCACCAGUCCCAGGUCAACACAGCCUUUUAAUGUGUAUUAAAACUACAUUAUUCCCAGCUGUUACAACUUUCAUCCAUUUUACAUAACUUAAGAUUUAUGUACCCCAGUAAUCUUAAUGCCCAAUAAAGAAGAUGUGAAGACUGAAUUAAUUACAUGAUGACUACACACCACACAUGCACAACCCAUCCCCCCCGCCUCCAAAUUAAAGUCUAAGGUUAAUUGAAAAAAAAUAUAUAGCCCAUUUCUGACACGUUCUCUUCCAAUGAAACUAUGUUUUCUGUUUCAAUGCCAUGGAAAUCAAAUCAGAAAUCUUUCCUGUCCAAAACACAGUUUGACAACCUUCACUACUCUGAAGAUCACUAUAGAAAGCCUUCUAGUAAGCUAUAUAAAAUCACAUGCUCCCAGAGAAAUUAGAUAUUGGUUUUAACAGGAGAGGUUUAUUUUACCACAAAGUGUAGGAAUAUACAGCCCCACAAACAUGGUUUAAAUUUAACAUAGAACUCUCAUACAUUGCAUCAAGGCUACUCCUAUUCAUUGAACUUCUAGAGCACUUCCAUGAAAAUUCUACACUUCUUAUCCAUAUAGCUGUACAGACCACGUGGAUCCUGCCAGUACAUUAGCUGCAGCCAAGUAUUCACUUUUUUCAGC